AUGUUUCAAAUGCCGCGGCCUUCAGGCGGAAGCCUCGGACGGACAAAAAACAUCAUACAUUUCAUACAAGGAUUCAGUAUCUUCCUCGCAUGGGCCAUAACUAUCGCUAUAUGGACCAAAGGAGGCAGCGGAAUCGAUGGACGCACAGGCUGGUACUGGGGUCUGUGCUGGUUGAGUAUUCCUGGCCUGGUCUACCUGGUGGCGGUGCCGAUGUGGCCUCGAGCCCGACGCUUCGGUAACGUCUAUGCCUUCGCCUGUGUCGAUAUCCUCUAUUCGAUUCUCUGGCUCAGUGCCUGGAUUUGUCUCGCUUCCUACGUCGCCCAAGGAAAGUCCAAGGGGGCGAGUAGCGACGACGACAAGAAGUCCGACACCAAAUCCACCACCAGGAGAGCCGAGGAGGAGACGAAGGAGAAGACCGGAUGCGAUAAUUGGGCAUACGGAAGCGCCACCAAGUGCAAGCUGAGCACGGCAACUACAAUCAUCGGUGUUAUCAUCUUCGUCCUCUUCGUCAUCACCGCCUGGAUGUCAUUCCGCAACGUGAUGCACUUCCGCCGCACCGGCACCCUCCCCGACGCCGUCUCCGACCCCACCUUCGCCGCGCAGAGCAAAGCUGCCUUCUCGUCGAACCCAGCCCACGACUUCGAGGAGGACGAGGAUAACUUCCGUUCCGGCCGAGGCGGCGGCAUGGGCGCCUCGUCCCGCGGCGAUCAGGACGAGGACUACGCCCUCCUGCACCAGAGCGAGGUAGAUGACCUAGGCAACGCACACGGCCGGACCGCGAUGCAAGGCUCCUACGAUCCCACCGCUCCCGCGCCCGGAGGCAUCCUCCAUGAUUAUAACAGCAGCACCGGCUACGGUGGUGCGCAUGGUCAGCACUACGUGGAGCCGUCUACUCAGUACAAUCCCUCGGAUUACACCCCGUCUGAGUACACCGCUCCCACUGGGUUUGGUGGCUCGUCGAAGCAACACCGACCUUACAACCCAAACCCGAGACCUACGGUCUCCCCAACCUCAAAAAUGGCCAGCGAAAUUGAUCUCUACAACCAAUACCCAUUGUACAUGGACCCAAGCACGCAAGCACUCUCACUCACGCAUUCAUCCGGCCAAACACCCUCCCAAACAGCCGCAAUCAACACCGAACUCGAAGAACUCAAUCAACUACACCGCUCUCUACUCACCCUCGACCCACCCAACAUCCCCCCCGCGCCUCUCCCCGUAAACCCCAAGCGCAGCGCACAGAUCUCCAAACUCCGCGACAGCGCCAACGCCGCUCACCGCAAAUCCAACUACGAGGAGGCAAUCAAGCUGUACUCGUACGCCAUCGACAUGGGACUCAGCCGGCCGGGCUGGGAGCCUGUGGGCGUUGCGCGCGAGGAAUUGUCGGGUCUUUAUGCGAAUCGUGCGCAGGCGCAGAUGGCUCUCCAGGCUUGGCCCGAGGCGCUCGUUGAUGCUAAGGCUAGUGUUGACUCGAAGCCUGUUGGGAAUGUUAAGGCCUGGUGGCGGAUUGCUAAGUGUCUUGCGGAGAUGAGUCGCUAUGAGGAGGCGCGCAAGUUCUUGCAUAAAUCGCUUGAUAUUGAAGGGAAGGAUUCCGAGGGCGGGAAGGAGUUGUUUGCGUUGCUCGGGGAAGUUGAUCGGGCUUUGCUGCGGGGAUUGUCAGCGUAG